AUGAUUAGAUGUGUCAUUAGUGGGGAGGCCUCACUGUUCCCCCCAUCCCUUCCUAUUAUUCUUAUUCUUUUGAGUAUUCUUCAUUGUCAAGCCGCCAAAGUGGAGAGUGUGAUUGCAGAAGGGGGUGCUUCUCGUUUCAGUGCUUCUUCGGGGGGGGGAGGUGGUAGGGGCGCACCUCAGCACUAUCCCAAGACUGUCGGCAACAGCGAGUUCCUGGGGAAAACCCCAGGGCAAAGCGGUCAGAGAUGGGUUCCUUCACGAAGCACUAGACGAGAUGUUAACUCCAGCACCGAAAAAGAGCAACACGAUGCAAUCUUCAGGAAAGUGAGGGGCAUACUCAACAAACUCACGCCUGACAAGUUUGACAAGCUAUGCCUUGAGCUCCUGAACGUGGGCGUAGACUCAAAACUCGUCCUUAAAGGAAUCAUCUUGCUGAUUGUAGACAAAGCCCUAGAAGAGCCCAAGUAUAGCUCGCUCUAUGCCCAGCUAUGUCUGCGCUUGGCAGAGGACGCACCAAACUUUGACGGCCCUUCAUCUGAGAUCCAAACAUCCCAAAAGCAGAGCACAACCUUCAGGAGACUGCUCAUUUCCAAACUUCAAGAUGAAUUUGAAAACCGCGCCAGAAAUGUUGAAAUCUAUGACAAACAUGACAACCCUCUUACUUCUGAGGAGGAGGAGCAGCGUUCCAUUGCCAAGAGCAAGAUGCUUGGCAACAUUAAAUUCAUCGGGGAACUUGGCAAACUCGACCUCAUCCACGAAUCUAUCCUUCAUAAGUGCAUCAAAACACUUCUGGAAAAGAAGAAGAGAGUCCAGCUCAAGGAUAUGGGGGAGGAUCUGGAGUGCCUCUGUCAGAUAAUGAGAACUGUGGGGCCGAGACUCGACCAUGAGAAAGCAAAGUCUUUAAUGGAUCAGUAUUUUGGCCGUAUGCUAUCCUUAAUGAACAACAAGGAGUUGCCCGCCAGGAUCCGCUUCCUGCUGCAAGACACAAUGGAAUUGCGAGAAAACAACUGGAUCCCCCGCAAGGCUUUCAUCGACAACGGACCAAAGACGAUUCACCAGAUCCGUCAGGAGGCAGUGAAAGAUUUGGGUGUUUUCAUCCCAGCACCCAUGUCUCAGGGGAUGAGGAUGGACUUCUUCCUGGAAAGCCCCUUCAUGCCCAACAGAAUGAAACUGGACAGGGAGACUCUCGGGGGAUUGGCCGAUAUGUUUGGGCAGAUGCCAGGCAGUGGGAUUGGAACCGGCCCGGGAGUUAUUCAGGACAGGUACUCGCCCACUAUGGGACGCCAUCGCACCAACCCGCUCUUCAACGGCCAUGGUGGCCACAUCGCCCCCCAACCACAGGCACAGUUCGAAGUGGGGCCAAAGUCUUUCGUUAAGUCCAACCAGGUUCAGAACCAGCACUACCAGAACCACAUGGCCCAGCAGCAGGUCCAGUCCAAGGACAUGCCUCCACGAUUCAGCAAGAAAGGACAGCUCAAUACAGAUGAGAUCAGCCUCAGGCCUGCUCAGUCAUUCCUCCUCAUCAAGAACCAGGCACCCAAGCUCCAGCCCCAGAUCCCCACCAUGAUGCCCCCCAGCGCCCAGCCCCCACGCACUCAAACCCCUCCCCUGGGACAGCCUCCACAACUUGGGCUGAAGACCAACCCUCCGCCCAUUCAAGAGAAACCUCAGAAGACGAACAAGAAGCCGCCUCCUUCCAAGGAGGAGCUGCUCAAAAUGACGGAGGCGAUCGUGACCGAGUACUUUAACAGUAAGAAGCUGACUGAGGCUGUGAGCGGCACAAGAGAGAUGAAGGCGCCCAAGCACUUCCUGCCGGAGAUGCUGAGCAAGAUCAUCGUGUGCUCCCUGGACCGUCCUGAUGAGGACAAGGAGCACGCUAGCACUCUGAUCCACACGCUUCGCACUGAGGGCCUCAUCACUGGAGAGAACUUCAUGCAGGCUUUCCUCAACGUCCUGGACCAGUGCCCUAAGAUCGAGCUGGACGUACCCCUGGUAAAGUCCUACCUGGCCCAGUUCGCGGCCCGGGCCAUCAUCGCAGAGCUGGUGAGCGUGGCGGAGCUGGCUCACCCCCUGGAGAACGGCACUCACUUCCCCCUCUUCCUGCUUUGCCUGCAACAGACGGCCAAGCUGAAGGACCGAGAGUGGCUCACAGACCUCUUCCAGCAGAGCAAGGUCAACAUGCAGAAGAUGCUCCCAGAAAUCGAUCAGAACAAGGACCGCAUGCUGGAGAUCCUGGAGGGUAAAGGCCUGAGCUUCCUGUUCCCGCUGCUGAAGCUGGAGAAGGAGCUGCUGAAACAGAUAAAGGCAGACCCCUCUCCACAGUCCAUCUACAAGUGGAUUAAGGACAACAUCUCGCCCAAGCUUCACACCGACAAAGGCUUUGUCAACAUCCUCAUGACCAGUUUCCUCCAGUACAUCUCCCAGGAGCUGUGCACGACGGAGGGCGAUGAGCAGCUGGCGGCCCCCCCCAAAGAGCAGCUGGAGCAGGAGAAACAGCUGCUGCUGGCCUUCAAGCCCGUCAUGCAGAAGUUCCUGCACGACCACACCGAGCUGCAGGUCAGCGCCCUCUACGCCUUGCAGGUGCACUGCAACGCCAGCGCGUUCCCUAAAGGCAUGCUGCUGCGCUACUUUGUCAACUUCUACGACAUGGAGAUCAUUGAAGAAGAAGCCUUCCUUGCAUGGAAAGAAGACAUCACCCAAGAAUUCCCGGGGAAAGGAAAAUCUUUAUUCCAGGUCAACCAGUGGCUCACCUGGCUGGAGACGGCUGAGGAGGAGGAGUCAGAGGAAGAAGCAGAUUGAGAAACCGAGAGGAAGCAUCAUGGCGUAGAAGAUCAACCGUUAUCUUUAUUAGUACACUCGCCUUUCAUUUAUUUAACUCCAAUCUUCAUUUAACCACUACCACGGGGCACUUGGCUGCUUCUGUCGUGCAAAUAUAAACCGAAAAGCUUGUACCUGUAGGGCCUCGUGCGUUACCAGCCGUGACCGUCGAUGGGCUGAGAAGCCUCAUUUGAUCUGUUGCCUGAUGGAUGUUUGAUUUUUGGAUCUGUGUCCCGAUCAGCUACAUGAAUUUCUGGGGUGGCUCAACCAUGUGUUUUAUUUUAUUCUUCUAAACUCUUGACUGAAGUUUGUAACUUUUUUUUUUUUCCACUGUUUUGCAUGUUUUUCAUUUCCAUCACUUUAUUGUCCUGAUUCGAGACUUCCCGAGUAGCCAAGAGCUUUAUUUAAGAAUGUGCAGGAUUUCCCCUUGAAUAUAGCAAAUUAGUCCUAAUAGCUAAAGCUGUUAACAAAAGGACCCGUCAGUGACCCGCUGUGUGAUCUUCUGUAAGGGCACAACGAUGAGAGCGAAGCAUAAGCUGGCAAAACGUUUCAAAGAUGAACUGAGGUGCGUGUUUAGUCAACACAUGCUUACUAAAAACAACUGUUCUUUUUCAAUAAAAGUGCUCUUCGUAGUCGCUGAUGAUGAGCAUCUUCCCUCGUUUUCUUUUUUGUGAUUCCUCUUUGUCAUUGUCCAUCUUUUAUUACAUGAGUGGUUGCAAUACUCCUGAUCCUCCUGAUGUUGCAAUAUGUUUUUAAGGAAGUUGUAGUCAUUGGUGUGCCACCGUAACCUUUCAAAGGUGCCUGUGUUUCUACCUCUUCGAUGGGCUUUUGUUGUGCUAGAAUAAUGAAAUCUACUAAAGAGAACCGAUAGCCCAAGCACAUGCUGAAGUAUUUGAUUCAGUCCUGGCCUAAUGGCACAAUAAAUGUAUUGAAGCUUCACGUGGUUUACAAGUAUUAACAUUGAAGCAGGAAGAGAAACGGCUUGUUUUUUUAUUAAUCCGACAGCGUCCUCUUUGAGACACGGCCCUGUUUAACAGAGUUUCAUUUCGCCCACAGUUUAACCUUUUUAUGUAGGUUGUAAUUGACCCCCCCCCCCCCCCCCCUUCACUACGAUAAAUAACCGUUAAAUAAGUAAAGGACUUUUACCCAAGAGUUGUGCCGACAAGCCAUGUUUAUGUAUGAAGGCGAUGGGUUUGGAUCAUAUUGUACGGUAUUCAAAAUUAUUGUGCACCUCCUACUGCUUUAAUGUCAAUAAAGUCCAGUACAUGAGCACCAAAA